AUGUCGCUGAAGUCUGUUUCCCUCGAGAAAGGUUCUGAAGAUCUCGAAAUAAUCCCUGUGACCCGGAAGAAUGUCUAUCGUUCGGAAGUUGACACAUCGGGCAUUGACGAACGUCAGCUUCUCCGUAGGAUUGACCUAUAUACGGUACCAUGGCUGUCAAUCUUGUAUUGCCUGAGCUUCCUCGACAGGAGCAACAUCGGAAAUGCAAAGCUGUAUGGAAUGACAACCGACCUACACAUCAGUGACAAGCAAUACCUAAUUGCGCUCACGGUAUUCUUCCUUCCCUAUUCGUUUUUCGAGCUUCCCAGCAAUAUCGUUUUAAGGAAGUUGCGACCUUCAAGGUGGCUUGCGUUCAUCGUGCUCGUGUGGGGAAUCAUGAUGACCUUGCAUGGUGUCGUCCACAACUUUGCUGGGCUCGCUGUCGUUCGCUCUCUGCUCGGAAUUGCCGAGGCCGGAUUGUAUCCCGGAAUUAUCUACUAUCUCUCCUGCUGGUAUAAACGGUCAGAGCGGGGUACCCGCAUUGCAGUAUUUUUUUCGUCUGCUACGAUUGCGGGCGCAUUUAGUGGUUUCUUGGCAGUCGCAAUCGAAAAAAUGGAUGGUGUCGGCGGGAAACCCGGAUGGGCGUGGAUUUUUAUCAUUGAGGGUCUAUUCACCGUCUGUUGCGCUGUCCCGUCCUUCUGGAUCAUACAAGACUUUCCUGACACCGCAACUUUCCUCACCGAAACCGAGCGUGUCUGGGUUGUCAGACGCCUACAAGAUGACAUGACAUUCGGCUCAGGGAGGGAAGUCUUCAAACUCAAAUAUGUUAAACAGAGUUUGACAGACUGGAAGACAUGGUGUGCAUGUGAGUCGUAUACACUUGUGUUCGCUGGUCAAUCAUUUCUUACGCGCCUUGACAUCCAUCAGUGGGUAUUUACAUGGGCUAGUUCGUUCUGUCACUACCUCUGUUUUGCAGGAAAUCUGAUUGACGUUAGCGACGGCCCCGUGUAUGCAUUUGCAAUUUUUACGCCCACUAUCAUUAAUCAGGUGACCGUACAAAGACACAGCAAUGAAGGCUCACUCACCAUUAACCCUUUCAUAGGCUACGAAGCAAAUAUGGCGAAUUUGCUCUCCGCGCCUGUGUAUAUCUGGGCAUGCCUAGUCGUCAUCGUUGUGGGGAUUGUAGGCGACCGGACUGGAAAGAGAGGUUGUAUCAACCUCGGACUAUUCGGUUUGGGCUUAAUAGGCUACAUUAUCCUGAUCAUAUCGCGCAACCCUUCACUAUCUUAUUUUGCCGUAUAUUUUGCCGUAGCUGGGAUCUAUCCAGUCGUCUCAAAUUCAGCCGCUUGGAUGUCAAACAACGUAGAGGGAUCAUACAAACGUAGUGCCACACUGGGUAUGAUCAUGGGCUGGGCAAAUUUGCAGGGCGCUGUAAGCUCAAAUAUCGUACGUUCGAGUGUCAUCUCGCAGGACAUCAUGGUCAUUAAUCUGCACAAUUCAUCUAGUAUCGCUCAGCGGAUGCACCUUGGUAUCGCAUUGGCCAUGGGGUCGUGCUAG